AUGGCGAACCCAUAUGAAGCGGACCCAGAUAAAAUCCCUAUAACCGACCUGUACGUUGAUGUCCCCUUUUAUGGUCGAUACUACCCAAAACCUGAUGAUUUCUGUGUUGAUCUUCGGCAUGUCAAUUCCCAGACUACAGACUCCCUGAGAUACUGGGCCUCGGUUGUUAGUCUUUGCACCGAAGAGAUACGCAUUUAUCCUGCCGAUGAAGGUGGUCGCGACGUUUUCGCUCUUGGUAGCGUGAUUGUGAAGUCCAGCCAUCUCCAUCCCCAUACACACCAGGGCGCUCCAUAUAUGGAGAUUGACUUCACAUACGCCGAUGAAAAUGAACUUCGGGCAAUUGUUUUAGCAAAAGCUGUUCUGAAGAAUGUCAAAGUUCCAGAAAUUUACUUUGCUGGCAAGGUCAACAGCCGCCAAGUCCUCAUCCAGGAAAGGCUUCCGGGGGUCGCAUUGUGUGUUGCAUGGCCGUAUCUGACCAGUGACCAGACGAAGUCCUUUAAAGAACAGGCUAGGGGGAUCCUUCGUCAACUCCAUGCCACCAAACCAACAAAGACACUUCAAGCUCGCUCUCACGUGGUACCGGACCCUAACAUACUUAAUAACGGCCGGAUUAAUCCCCUAGAGGCGAAAAUUCUUUUUGCAACCACCAAUGAUGAUACAGAUAUGAGCUUUAUGCAUAACGACUUCACUCAGCCAAACUGUAUUGUUGAUAUUGACACUAUCGUGGGGCUCAUUGAUUGGGAAAUGGCUGGGUUUUUUGGUUGGAACACUGCUGGAGAAGUCCACCGACAGAUUAGAACCCCACAACGAGAGCAUUUUGUAAAUGCCAAUUUGGAAGAGGAACAACUUCGGGAUAUGAUUUUCUAG